GCGGCCGUUGCGGCACUUUCCGCCAUGGGCGGGAACGUACCCGGCGCCGGGGUUGGCAAGGCUCCGCUCGGUCACCACACCGAGCACGCUGCCACUUCCCAGCACAAGGGAAAGAAGACGCGGAGGAGCAGGAGGAGGCCCGGCAAGGGCCCGCUGAUCGAGGAGGUGUUGGUGGAGGACGUCCAAGGGGAGGACGAUGAGUCCAGUGAGUGUAGAGUCUCGGCCUUCAAACGUUUGGGAGGCGAGGAUACCCGAGUGUCGGCAUUCGACCGACUCAACCGCGGACCGGAAGGCCGUCUAGGUGAUCUUCGCCGGCAGAUCUCUAAGGGUAGGCGAAGGAACGGUGAGGAAUCCGCGACCUCAGAUGCGCGCUCGGCGAGACCUGAGCGAACCGAAGGCCGAAGGGACGAGCAAACUCAGCGUCGCCAGAGCCCAUCCAGAACCGAGAGGACUAAGGUCCCUGAACGGGGAUUGACUGAGCUUGCGCGCGAGAUUGCCGAGCUCAAACGCCGAGUAGAGACAAAGUCCCCCUACAGCCAGCCCAUCUUGCGCACGGUAACCCCGUUUACACCGAGGGUGAUGUCAGUCCCGCUGCCGACAAACUUCCGUCCGUGGCAGAUCAAGGCUUACAGCGGGACGACGGAUCCCCAGGAUCAUUUGUCAAAGUUCUACGCUUCAAUGGAGGCGGCGGCAGCCCCGGACGAGGUCAAUUGCAGGUGCUUCCUCGCGACGCUAGAGGGGUCCGCGUGCGAUUGGUUCAACCGGCUCCCAAAGGGAACCAUUGACGAUUGGGAUACGCUGGCGAAGAAGUUCUUGACGCAUUUCGCGGCAAACCGAAGGCAGAGGCUCCCUUACUCCCACCUGCUCAACAUAUGCAUCCGCAAGGGAGAGAAGGUCCGCGACUUCAUAGUCCGGUGGGAGAAGGAAGCCAGAGACGUGCAUGGGGCGGAUGACCAAGCGUUGGUUGCCAUGUUCCAAGCAGCCCUCCCCCGCGGAGAGGUGAGGAAGGAGCUCCGCAAGAAUCCUCCCCCCACGUACCAAGAGACCAUGGCGCGCGCAAAGUUCUUAGCCUCGGAGGAGUUUGAUGACGCCAUGGAAUCCGAGGCCGCGCCGGCUAAGCGAACUUCAGUAGAUUCGGGAGAGGCCGCGAAGAAGAGGAAGAAGAAGAAAGACUAUACCGCGGGCCCGAGGACGCCCUCGGCC